AUGGAGUUGGGCUGCAGAGCCUUCGUCCUCCUCCUCCUCCUCCUCCUCUUCACCCCCUCGGAGGCUCUGGCAGCCCCCUGCGCCAGCGGUGGCACCGCGGUGGCCGACGGCUGCGUUUGUCCCCCCGGCCUCUCCGGCCGGCGCUGCGAGACCCCCGACCCCGCCGGCGCGUGCCGGAACGGUGGCACCGCCGUGGGCACCGCCUGCUUCUGUCCCCCGGGAUUUGGGGGACCCCUGUGCCAGCACCCCGACCCCGCCGGCGCCUGCCGCAACGGUGGCACCGCCUUUGGGACACGCUGCGUGUGCCCGGCCGGCUUCCGCGGGGACACCUGCCAGCACCCCGAGGAGGUGGCGUGGUGCCUCAACGGUGGCACUUUGGAGAAGGGGACGUGCCGGUGUCCCCCCGCGGCUUGGGGACCUCGGUGCGAGUGCGGUGGCACGGGCCCGAGCACGGCGGUGGGGAAGGUGUUGUACGUCGGUGACACCGCGGGGACGAACGACACGGUGACGGUGACGGCGGCGGGGGGUGGCACCGAGGAGAGCGCCACGGACGCGCCACCGGCGAGGCGGGAGAGGAAUGUCACGGGCAGAACUGAGGAGGGCAAUGCCACCACCGUGGGAAGUGUCACCACCGUCACCAGAGUGGGAAAUGUCACCAGGGCCACCACCAGUGGCAGCGUCAUGGGAAGGAACGGCACGGUCACCGCGGUGGUCAGCGCCAGCACGGACCAUGAUGUGGUCACCAGCUUGGACCAUGAUGUGGUCACCACCAUGGACCAUGAUGUGGUCAUCAGCUUGGACCAUGAUGUGGUCACCACCACGGAGAGGGGCAUGGUGGUCAGUGCCAACACAGACCAUGACGUGGUCACCAGCUCGGACCAUGACAUGGUCACCAGCUCGGACCAUGAUGUGGUCACCACCACAGAGAGGGACAUGAUGGUCAGUGCCAACACAGACCAUGACGUGGUCACCAGCUCGGACCAUGAUGUGGCCACCAGCACAGAGACGGCCACCAGGGUCAGGGGCAGCGUCCCCAUGGCCACCACCACUGGGGGCAACACCACGACGGUGCCACCAGAGCGGCGGGUGAGAAACGUCACGGGCUGGUCCGUGAGGAGCCACACGGGGGCCACCACCCUGGAGGGUGAGACCGCAGCCGUGGACGGUGACACCGCGGUCACUCCGUCAAACCUCGCGGAGGGAGAGACCACGGCCAUGGAGGGUGAGAACGAGGUCACCGAGGGUGAGAACGAGGCCACCGAGGGUGACACCGAGGCCACCCCCAUAGAAGGUGACACUGAGGCCACCCCCAUGGAAGGUGACACUGAGGCCACACCGGUGGCCACCACGGUGAGGAACACCAGGGCCACCACCGUGGAAAGUGACACCACGACGAUGCUGCCAGAGCUCCUGGGAGGCCUCAGCAGGGCCACCACCAGGGCAAGGAACAGCAGGGCCAUGGGGAAUGCCACCAGGGCCACCACCAUGGAAAGUGGCACCAGGGCCACCACCCUGGAAAGUGGCACCAGGGCCAUGCCAGUGACCACCGUGGGAGGCCACACCAAGGCCAUGGAGAACAACACCAGGGCCACCACCAUGGAAAGUGACACCACGGCCACCACCCUGGAGAGCCACACCCUGUCCACCCUCCCCAUCGUCCCUGCUGAUGUCACCUCAACGCCAGCCACGCCCAAUGCCACCAACACCGCCCUGGAUGUCACCGAGACCACGGCGGUGACGCCCCAGGCCCCGCCCAACGCCACCGAAGCCACCGGGGCGCUGGGCCGCGGCUCUGCCGGGACCACCGGGGACGUUUUGAGCAGCACGGCCACCUUCACUGUCACCACCGUGGCCACCAUCUGCCUCUACCUCCCACACGGCUCCAGCCCCCCGGCCAUCGUGUGCCGCAACGGUGGCGUGGCCAACCGGACCCGCUGCCUGUGCCCCCCCGGCUACACCGGCCCCACCUGCGAGACCCCCGACCCCUCUGACCGCUGCGCCGGGGGCAGCACCGCGGUGGGCGAGCGCUGCGUCUGCCCCCCGGGCCGGGCGGGACCGCGCUGUGCCACCCCCGAGCCGGCCACCGCCUGUCGCCACGGUGGCACCGCCGUGGGCACCCAGUGCUACUGCCCCCCCGGCUUCUCCGGCCCCCGCUGUGAAGACCCCAGACCCACCAGUGCCCCCCCGGCCAGGACCCCAGCCCGGAGCAGAGCGACGCCCAGGAGCACCAGGAGAACCACGACCACCGCCGUCCCCACCACCAGAGACCCCUGCCUGAACGGGGGGCGCUGGCUGGGCACGGCGUGUCUGUGCCCCCCCAACGUGGACGGCGCCCGCUGCGAGUUCGGUGCCACCACCAUCAACCUGACGGCAGAGCUGGGUCCCUCCGUGACCAUGGUGGCGCGCGUCACCAACCGGGACUUCUCGGAGGACUUGGGGGACACCUCGUCCCCCGGCCACCGGCGCUUCGCCGAGGAGUUCAGCCGGACGAUGGACGGGAUCUACCGGAACGUCUCUGGCUACCGCGGGAUCAGCGUCCUGAGCCUCAGUGACCACCCCGUGCUCUCCCCUCUCCCAGACGGGCUCUGCUUCACCGCCACCUCCGCCAGAGCCACCGGAGCCGCCGCGCUGGCUCUCAACGACACCGAGCUUUGCCGGAAGCACGCGCCGGCCAACUUCAGCCGGUUCUACUUCCCGUACCGCACGGCCGACGGGCUCCUCUGCGUCACCAACUGCACCCUCAACGUCCCCGGCUCCUUCGACUGCCACCGCGGGCUCUGCCGGCUCACCCUGGAGGGACCCCAGUGCUUCUGCCCGGACCUGCCCUGGUUCCUCUCGGCCGGUGACCGCUGCCAGACCCACAUCAGCAAACUGGGGCUGGGCCUGGGCGUGGGGCUGGGACCCCUGAAACUUGCCCGGCUCCACAGCGAGGCCGCCGAGGACGCGUGGCCGGACGGGGCCCGCGGCAGCCGCGUCACCGGGAUCUACCACGUCAACGGCGGAGGCGGCGGUGCCGGGAAAGGUCCCCACAACACCUACAAGCCCAGCUCGGAGGUGGCGGAACCGCCGGCAUCGGUGGGUGACGUCGUUUGGGGGUGCUGGCAGAAGGUGCAGCAGCCCUGUGACCCCCCCCACGGCUGGGAGGGGGUGACCAAGGUGCCCCCCCGGACCCCCGGCACCAUCGGGCAGCGACCGAAGCCCUCGGAACCCUCAUUUUUUGGGGGGAAAAAAGGCGGGAUCGGGAUCCUCUGUAUCGAGGGGGCUCCGAAAGAACAGGCGGACAACGGGAGCAGCGAGUUCGGGACACCCCGAGCCCACCCUGGACCGGGACCUCCCACUGUCUCUGCAGCAGCCGGGGACCCCCAGGGACCCCCAGGCGCGGAGACCUCGGAGCUCCACGUGGAGAACGGGGGUGGGACGGAAGCCGAGAGCCACGUCCCCACCAGUGUGGAGAACGUGACAAGCUUAACAACAGGUGCAGGAGUGGGGACAACACCUGGACACAGAACCACACCUGGGACACCCAAACAACAAGCGGUACCAGCAGGAGCACCAACAACACCCUCCGCGGGACCCCCAAUGACCACGGAGGUGGUGCCACCUCCAUAUUUGGGGUGGACACUGUCACAGUGGCUGGGACCACCAAAUACAGCAUCUGGGGACACCACGAGCGUUCCUGGGACCACCACCAGUGAUGGGACCACCCUGACCUCACCUCGGACCACCACAACCCCUGAGACCACCACCAGUGAUGGGACCACCCCCACCCCACCUCGGACCACCACAACCCCUGAGAUGACCCCAUCACCUGGAACAACCAUGACACUUGGGACCACCACUGUCCCUGUGGCCACCACUGACCUUGAAACCACCACAAUCUCUGGGACAAUCGCAACACCUGAAGCCACCACAAGCCCAGGGACCACCCACACCAGCCCUGGGACCACCUCCAUGAACCCUGUCACCACCAUGAUCAUCCCUGCCACCACCCGUCCAGAGACCACCACCACCCCCAGCCCUGGAAGGAGAAUCCGACCUGAGAACACCAUCGUCCCUGAGGCCGAAGGUGACCUUGGAAGCAGCGGUGACCCUGGGACAGACACGGCUGAUCCUGGCACAACCGGCAGUGCUUUGGCCACCACAACCCCUGGGGCCACAACAACAUCUGGGGCCACCAGCACAUCCCAUGAGGCAACCACAAGAUCUAACACCAGCAUGAGCAUCUCUGAGACCGCCCAUCUUCAGUCCACCAAGAACCCUGAGACCAUCACAACCUCAGGGACACCUGGAAACACCUCCAUCGUGGAGACCACCCCAAGUGAUGAGACAAACCCCACCAGUGCUGAGACAAAUUCCACCCGUCUGGAGACAAACCCCACCAGUCUUGGGACCACCUCUAUGAAACCUGUCACCACCAUGACCAUGCCUGACACCACCCAUCCUGAGACCACCACAACCCCUGAGACCACCACAGCCCUCAGGACCACCACAGCCCCUGAAACAGCCAUGACACCUGACUCCGUCCCCACCCCUGAGACCAUCAUCACCACCACUCCUGAGACCAUCAUCACCACCAGCUCUGAGACAACCACAAUCCCUGGGACCACCACAAUCAUUACUGGGACCACCACAGGUCCUGGGAUCACCCCAACCUCACCUUGGUCCACCACAACCCCCGAGAUCACCACAGCCCUCAGGACCACCCAAACCCCUGAAUCAACCAUAACACCUGACUCCAUCACCUCCCCUGAGACCAUCAUCACCACCACUCCUGAGACCAUCAUCACCACCACUCCUGAGACCAUCACCACCCCUCCUGAGACCCUCAUCACCACCACUCCUGAGACCAUCAUCACCACCACUCCUGAGACCAUCACCACCCCUCCUGAGACCCUCAUCACCACCACUCCUGAGACCAUCAUCACCACCACUCCUGAGACCAUCACCACCCCUCCUGAGACCCUCAUCACCACCACUCCUGAGACCAUCAUCACCACCACUCCUGAGACCAUCACCACCCCUCCUGAGACCCUCAUCACCACCACUCCUGAGACCAUCAUCACCACCACUCCUGAGACCAUCACCACCCCUCCUGAGACCCUCAUCACCACCACUCCUGAGACCAUCAUCACCACCACUCCUGAGACCAUCACCACCCCUCCUGAGACCCUCAUCACCACCACUCCUGAGACCAUCAUCACCACCACUCCUGAGACCAUCACCACCCCUCCUGAGACCCUCAUCACCACCACUCCUGAGACCAUCAUCACCACCACUCCUGAGACCAUCACCACCCCUCCUGAGACCCUCAUCACCACCACUCCUGAGACCAUCAUCACCACCACUCCUGAGACCAUCACCACCCCUCCUGAGACCCUCAUCACCACCACUCCUGAGACCAUCAUCACCACCACUCCUGAGACCAUCACCACCCCUCCUGAGACCCUCAUCACCACCACUCCUGAGACCAUCAUCACCACCACUCCUGAGACCAUCACCACCCCUCCUGAGACCCUCAUCACCACCACUCCUGAGACCAUCAUCACCACCACUCCUGAGACCAUCACCACCCCUCCUGAGACCCUCAUCACCACCACUCCUGAGACCAUCAUCACCACCACUCCUGAGACCAUCACCACCCCUCCUGAGACCCUCAUCACCACCACUCCUGAGACCAUCAUCACCACCACUCCUGAGACCAUCACCACCCCUCCUGAGACCCUCAUCACCACCACUCCUGAGACCAUCAUCACCACCACUCCUGAGACCAUCACCACCCCUCCUGAGACCCUCAUCACCACCACUCCUGAGACCAUCAUCACCACCGCCCUUGGGACAACAACAAUCCAUGGGACCACCACAAUCAUUACUGGGACCACCACAG